AUGUCCAUAACCACGUAUGUCAAAUAAAAGUUAAUUUCAUAAAGUUGCGGAAAACAUAUACAAUAUCCAACAAGACCAUAAUUAUUUGUAAAAACAGUAAGGUUCUAUUUGUAACAGUGGAAUUGUGGCAUUUUAAAAUUAGUAAAUAUACAAGAGUAUAGAUAACUAUACUUGCUGCGUUCUUGUUUCUUGUAUACUUUUAACAAACGUUAACCUAGAAAGAGGCAAUAAAACCAAACAAAAGCUUUUAGUAAAACAUAAAGUAAUCAUGAAGAUGAAACUAGUGGAUCAGGUAGUGAGGAGCUUCAGAGUCGCAAAGGUAUUUCGAGAAAAUACCGAUAAAAUUAACGCAAUUGACUUCUCAUCAAAUGGUGAGACAUUAAUAUCGUGCAGUGAAGAUGAUCAAAUUGUGAUUUACGAUUGUGAGAAAGGAACUCAAGUAAGGACAGUUAACAGUAAAAAAUAUGGUGUUGAUUUAAUACAUUUUACUCAUGCUAAGAACACAGCAAUUCAUAGCUCAACAAAAGUUGAUGAUACAAUCAGAUACUUGUCAUUGCAUGACAACAAAUACAUACGUUACUUUCCUGGACAUACUAAGAAAGUUGUUUCUUUGUGUUUAUCUCCUGUAGAAGAUACUUUUUUGUCUGGAUCAUUGGACAAAACUUUGCGAUUAUGGGAUCUUAAAAGCCCCAAUUGUCAAGGAUUAAUGCAUCUGUCUGGUAGACCUGUAGCUGCUUUUGAUCCAGAAGGUCUUAUAUUUGCUGCUGGGGUUAAUUCAGAAAGUAUAAAAUUAUAUGAUCUGCGUUCUUUUGACAAAGGACCAUUUAUAACAUUCAAGCUAACACAAGAGAAAGAAUGUGACUGGACAGGUUUAAAGUUUUCAAGAGAUGGGAAAACCAUUUUGAUAAGUACAAAUGGAUCUAUCAUACGUCUCAUAGAUGCAUUUCAUGGAACUCCAUUGCAAACAUUUACUGGACAUUUAAAUAAUAAAGGUAUCCCUAUAGAAGCUUCUUUCAGUCCAGAUUCACAAUUUAUAUUUAGUGGAUCAACAGAUGGACGUGUCCAUGUAUGGAAUGCUGAUACAGGAUACAAAGUAUGUGUUUUAAAUGCAGACCAUCCUGGACCAGUCCAGUGUGUACAGUUUAAUCCAAAAUAUAUGAUGCUUGCUUCAGCUUGCACUAAUAUGGCAUUUUGGUUACCUACUAUUGAUGAUACAUAGAUUAGUUGCUGAAUAUAAGCAUGCUUCUGAAUUAUUUUUGAAAUUCUCAGAACUAUUGUUAAUGCAAGUAAUUGUAGAUAGUAAUUAUUACAAAAGUCGAAACAAAAGGCCGUAACCUUAAUGCAUGGGUGAUCUACCUACACAUAAUAUUUUUCAAUAAGUUACUGUCACUGGUAUUCCAAAAAAUAGAUCGAUAGUUGCACUUGUUAAUGAGCAAAAAAAACAAUACUUUAUGUUUAAAUAAUUUGU